AUGUAUUCACCUCUAUCCAGCUCAAAUUCCUCGGCAAAAUGGACUCGAUCUGAUGGCUUCUGGCGAUCUUUCAUUGCAAUAUGCAUACCACUGCUUCUUUCCGCACUAGAAGGAAGCAUCAUCAACACGGCGUUACCCACUAUCUAUGAGGCUCUCGAUUUGAACACCAAAUUCUCUUGGAUAGCAACUGCAUUUCUCCUGGCCAGCACCGUCUUCCAGCCUUUGUACUCUCAACUGGGAGAUAUGUGGGGACGCAAACGCCCCAUGAUGGCAGCCAUCGUCGUUUUCGCUCUCGGUAGCGCAAUAUGUGCCGGAGCAAAAUCAGGCCCAUUGCUGAUUUUGGGACGGAUCGUUCAGGGCUUAGGCACAGGCGGAAUCGAUCUCUUCGCUGAAAUGGUCCUCUGUGACAUCGUCCCAUUAAGUAAGAGAGGUCCUUAUCUAGCGAUUAAGCAUAUUUCUUUCGCCGCUGGUACGACAUUGGGACCGCUACUCGGUGGUGUCUUUGCAGAACACGGAUGGUACUGGUGCUUCCUGAUCAACAUACCUGUCUGUAUCAUCUCGCUAGCCAUCAUGUGGGUUUGGCUCAGUGUCGACGAAGGUGUCACUUAUGGCGAAGUGUCUAUCGGAGAUAAUCUGAAAAAGAUUGACUACAUCGGUAGUGGCAUACUGACUGGCUCUGUGCUAAUGCUUCUCGUUGCACUCAGCACUGGUGGCGCACCCUGGCCUUGGAAUCACUCAUCUAUCGUCACACUCGUUGUGCUCGGAACACUAGGCCUCAUCAGCUUCAUCGUCUGGGAACGUUCUCGCUUUUGCAAGUACCCCAUAAUGCCACCCCACGUCUUUUCGAACCGUACGACGAACAUUGUCUUCGCAUUGACUGUCAUUCAUGGAUUCAUAACCUACGGCUUCCAAUUUUAUCUCCCACUGUUUUCCCAGGCUGUCAAAGGCUCGUCCCCAACAAAGUCCGGCAUUGAAGUUAUGCCUACGACACUUGCCGUUGUUGUCGUCGCUGCUGUUGGUGGACCCAUUCUCAGCUCGACGGGGAGAUACAAACAUAUACACAUGACUGGUUUCGCCUGUGUAACACUCGGCCAGGGACUCUGCAUAAUGCUUGAUCACGGCACAUCCCUAGGUCUAUGGAUUAGCAUCCAACGCAUCAUAGCGUCUGGCCUUGGAAUCGUGAUUCCGACCAUGCUCCCCGCCAUCCAAGCAAAGCUUCCUGAGCCUAGUACAGGAGCAAGUGCAGGAGCAUGGGCUUUUCUACGCGGAGCAGGAUCAUUAUUCGGUGUCGCGAUCCCCGGUGCAGUGUUCAACGCGCGCUUCACUUCGCUUCUAUCCACUAUCUCCUCGCCAGCCGCCCAGGCAAAGCUCUCUCAUGGCCAGGCAUACCAGCGUGCAACGGCCUCAUUCAUCAAGAAAUACGGUACCACGCCUACUGUAAAGAGUGAAAUUGUAACCGUAUAUACGCAAUCGCUUAGAAGCAUAUGGAUUGUCUUUACUGUCUUGGCUGCGGUAGGCUUCUGUAUCAGUUUCUGUGAGAAGAAGUACAAGUUGCGGGCCGUGUUGAAUACGGCUUACGGGCUCAAGUCAAAGCAGUCGCCAAGCGACGGGUCGCCUGCGGGAAGUACACCGGCAUCUUCGGCUGCAUCUACGGUGUUGGAGACAGGAGCGCAGACGCCCGUUAAGAGCGAGAGUGAGAGCGAGAUGGCUGGCCAUGGAAGCAAAGAGAGGGAUUUGAAAACUGGAUUGUAG